UUAAGCAGCCACUGCCUUGGGCAGGGCCGUGGGAGCUGAGCAGACCUCCUCCUCCUCCUCCUCCUCGUUUCACGACCCACAAGAAACGCCAACCGGCCACAGGAACCAUGUCCUCUCGCUUCCACCGAGCAGCUGCCGACAGCAACCUGCAAUUACUGAAAGAAGCUACCCGCAAGGACCUCAACACCGCCGAUGCGGAUGGCAUGACCCCCACUCUGCUGGUGGCAUACCACGGCAACGUCGAAGCCCUGGAAAUCGUCUGCAGGCGGGGGGGCGAUCCCAACGUCUGCGACAUUUGGGGAAACACACCGCUACACCAUGCGGCCUCCAACGGCCACACCCCCUGCGUCUCCUUCCUGGUCAAUUUCGGCGCCAAUGUUUUCGCCCUCGACAACGACAUGCGCUCACCCCUCGACGCGGCGGCCAGUCGGAGCCAGUAUCAAUGCGUCCAGAUCCUUGACAAGGCAGCCACCGAGCAGAGCAUCAAAAACCCCAAGCGGGUGGCCCGCCUGAAGGCCCAGGCCCAGCGCGAGGUGCAACGGCAAAUCCACCUGUGUGAAAAGCGCCAGAACAAGCACCAGCUGGACAUGACCAGGCAGUUCCACAAAGGAUCCAUCCAGCUGAGUCACGGCUCCGCCACCAGGACGAAAGUCUCUCAGUUCUUUGCCACCGGCUCGCUCAGCAACGUCCCCAAGCAGUUGAAGGACACUUUCAAGCUGAAGACCAAGAAGAAAGAGGAGAAUAGCCCAGCCGGGAGCCCCGGAGCCGAGAAGGAGGGCUUCUCUGGAGAAACCACCGCGAUGGAUUCGUCCUCCGAGAAGGAGGUAGAAGAUCUGAUGUGCGGCUUUCAAAAGAAGAUCAGUUUUUCUGAAGAAGACGAGGACUUGGGACAGAGGUCUAUUUUCAACCGCCCAGGUCUUGGCAACCUCGUCUUUCGAAGUCAGAAGACGGAGGCCUUGCUUCCUGAGAAAGAAGGCAGGGCCUUUCAAAUUCCAGAGCUCUUUCAGCUGAAGGAGACCCUUGGCGCUUCAGACCACGAAGAUGACCCUGAAGCCUCCUGGAUGGAAGAAGCCAUUGGGUGGGAUGAGGACAGAGAAGAGGCGCCUCUCCUUGAAGUGUUCCUGGUCGCUCAUCACCUCCAUGAAUUCCUCCCCAUCCUGAUGAGGGAAAACAUUGAUUUGGAAAGCCUGAUGCUUUGUUCCGACGAAGAUCUGCAGAGCAUCCAAAUGCAGCUGGGGCCUCGCAAGAAAGUUCUCCACGCCAUCAGCAAAAGGAAGUUAGCUUUCGAAAAACCAGGCUUGGUCAGGGACACCCAAUUAUAAACACCGAAUGGUUCCUCCGGUCAAUGGUUUGAUAUGCACUCCACAAAACAGUUCUCUCUUCUAUUUUUUUUUGUGAAGGUGGAAGAGGACGAGAUGGGACCAAAGAUGACAUCUAUGCAAUCCCCACAACCUUUUCAGCUUCAACAUUGCCAAGUAGCCAUUGAUUCAGAAGAUCAGGGUGAAGAAACCUCGGUAGAACAGGGGUGUCAAACUCAAGACCCAGGGGUGGGCUUCAAAGGUUUUAGCAAGGGGUUCUCCGCCUGGUUAAUGGGUGGGCGUGACCAUGGUGGGUGUGGCCUAGUAGGCCUCCUGUAUCACGGCGGGGAGGGGAGUUUUGGGGCUCCCAAGGCUUUCCACUGAGCCUCCAGGAGGGUAGAAACGGCCUUCCCAGGCUCUGGAGGCCCUGUGGACGCUGGAAACUGGCCCGUUUCUGAUCUUCCUGAACUUUCAGCCGGCCCAUUUUUCACCCUCCCGGAGUCUCCGAAUGUGCCCUACACUUACCUGCAUCCGAAACAGGCCAUGUGGG